AUGCGUUCUCUGUCCUUCUUCGGUGUCCUCGCACUCAUUCCCACCGUCAUCUCUUCGCCCGUAGCAGGAUUCAAGCUUGCUACCCGUGGUGAUGAUCGAGGGAAUGAGACGGUUUCUGGCCUCGGGGUUCGAAAGCAAGAAGUGACCGGCGCUGGUGGCAACACUCGUGACUUGGCCAUUGCGAUGCUGGAGACUAAGGCUAUGACUAGUGACUAUAUAUACGGGGAUGGAAAGUCUGGUGAUGCUACGAACUUUGGAAUUUUCAAGCAAAACUGGUACAUACUCCGUCACUCUGCAUCUGCGUUCUUAGGCGAGACCGCGGACCAGGUUGAUGAUGGAGCCGUUCUGAACUCUGAUUUGGAUAAGGACAUCGAGGCCCGUCACGAUGGCGAAGAUAAGUAUGGCUUUGACGUUUGGUUCGCCGGCCAUCGCAACGGAGCGUCAGGUGUUGAAAACCCUGAUACUUCAGAUAUCCAAGGGUACAAAGAUGCCGUUCUGUGGAUUCAAGAGCAGAUCGAGAGCAAUGAAAAAUAUCAAAGUGAUGAUACUCGUUUCUGGGUCAACGUCCAGGCUAUUUAA